GAACAAAAUCAUAUUAUUAUUUAUUAUAUUAUUUGUUAAUCGCGGUUCACAGUUUGCGUCGCAUUAGAGACUUGAAUGUUAGACGCAGUUAAUCAGUACCAUUAGUCCCCGUGACACGUUUUCACCUCGUGUCGACGUCAUUUCCGUCGCUCCCGUCUGUCGAAUACGCCGCGAGACCGUCGAGAAAAAAAUAACUAUAAUUACGAUCGCCCGUCGACCAGCGACAUCGUUGAUCGGUUUGGAACCGUCGUCCCGAUACGCAAAUUCCCACUCACRGGCCCGCUUAACRCGCGCCUUUUCCGAUCUAUUCCUUCCGCCUACCACCAGCCUUACUUAAGAAUUUUCCUGAAGAAGACGAUAUCCGGCACUUCGUAAUGGCCAAAAAGACGUACGAUCUGCUGUUCAAAUUGUUGCUGAUCGGCGAUUCGGGCGUGGGCAAGACAUGCAUUCUGUUCAGGUUCUCAGACGACGCGUUCACCACGACGUUCAUCUCGACCAUUGGUAUUGAUUUCAAAAUCAAAACAGUGGAGCUUCAAGGAAAAAAAAUAAAACUUCAAAUUUGGGAUACAGCAGGACAGGAGCGGUUCCAUACCAUAACUACAUCAUACUAUAGAGGAGCUAUGGGAAUUAUGUUAGUAUAUGAUAUCACAAAUGAAAAAAGUUUUGAAAAUAUAGUGAAGUGGCUACGGAAUAUUAAUGAGCAUGCUAACGAAGAUGUAGAAAAAAUGAUUUUAGGGAACAAAUGUGAUAUGGAUGAUAAACGUGUUGUUAGUAAAUCACGAGGUGAAGGUAUUGCUCGUGAACAUAACAUAUCAUUUUUGGAAACUUCUGCAAAAGCAAAUAUAAACAUCGAAAAAGCAUUUACUGACCUCACAUUAUCAAUAUUAAACAAGACGCCUGGACGUGAACCUACUGAUGUACCCGAAAAGAUUAAUAUUGAUAGGAAGUCAGAUAGGUUAUCUAAUCGCUGUUGUUGAAUAGUCCAGUAUUUUAAUACAGACAAAUUUAAAUGGAUACUAUUAUUAUUGACAGAAUUUGUGAAACACCAAAAGAUAAAACAUUUUGCUAAGCUCAUUGAAACAAAUAUACAUGCAGUUGUAUAUUAUCAUGUGUACUUUAAAACAUUUUUAUUUUACAAGACCUAUUAACAAAUUAUAUAUUAUUUUUUUAUUAAAAUGCUUAGCAAAGUGUUUUUCUGUGAUGCUGUUCCUUAUCAUACAAAUAAAUGUAAAUAUUUAUGUUACCAUUAUUAAUAAUAAUUGUUUGAAUAAAAAACGAGAUAAUCAUGACAUCAUCAUACUUGUCUAAUAUAAUAAAGCAGUUGAUGUUAGUGGCUGAACCACAAUAAUUUUUAUUGGUUGUCCUCGGUGGAAGUUAUUUAUUAUUAUUAUUUUUAUUUUGUACAAAAUUUCAUGAAAUCCUAUUUAUCAAUUUAACCAUAAUACUGAGUGAGCUAAUUCUUUUAGGGUUGUAAUAAAAUGUAAGAUUUUUGCUUAUAAGCUCAAAGUGUUCAUAAACGGCUGUAAAAAAAAUUUAAUAUAAUUUACUAAUAAAAUAUAAAUAUUUUUAUACAAAUAUUAUAUAAAGUAAUUUCAA